CGUCAAGUUAGUUUGCACCCGACUGUCCAGGAGAACAGACAAUCCGUUCGGAACCGACUGGCUGACUGCAGAGUGUUUCGACACUAGUGUGGCUGUUGAGUCCCAGUGCUAGAGCAAGUACACUUUCUACCAUCAAGAAACCCCACUUUCGAUGUAAAAGCUAUCAUAAGUCACACUGGAAAGUGUGAGUGUGUGUGUGUGUUUUCAAGUGCAUCAAGUGGCUAUCGGCAGGAACGAUUUCUACGUGCUGGAUAUGCAAAUUUUCUCUCUGCCAGAGAAGAAAAAACAAAAGAUUCAGAAAUAGUCAACCCGUUCUCUGCUCUGUCGUCUCAGCGUCGAAAAGAGCAUCUAGUGAGGAAGUUUUAAAAGCAAGCUGAUUAAGAUAACGAUUCCGUCAGUGUACGUGCAACGUGGUGAGUGUGCAUAACAAAACAGCGCAGAGAAUCCAGCUUCACCAAAAUGAAUCCCGACGUCAUAAGUGAACCGACCAGCAACGGUAUAAUGGACCGUGUGGUGAAAUUUUUCGUUGAUAAUCAAGAUGAGCGCACCAAGGAGUGGUUCCUGUCCGGAUCGAUCACCCCCCUGAUCAUGAUCCUCGUGACGUACCUGUACUUCUGCCUGUACGCUGGUCCUCGCUAUAUGGCGAAGCGAAAGCCCUUCAAGCUGGAGAAUGUGCUGAUUGCGUACAACGCGGUGCAGGUGCUGCUCAGCAUUGUGCUAGUGUACGAAGGAAUUGAAGGCGGUUGGAGGAAACAUUACAAUUACUCCUGCCAACCCGUGGACUACAGCCGGAACCCGGUAGCAAUGAGGAUGGCUCGUGCCGUUUGGAUGUACUACAUGUGCAAGGUCGUGGAGCUGCUCGACACGGUGUUCUUUGUACUGCGGAAGAAACAGAACCAGGUUUCGUUCCUGCACGUCUACCACCACACCCUGAUGCCGGUCUGUGGCUUCAUUGGCGUCAAGUACUUUGCCGGGGGUCACGGUACGCUGUUGGGCGUCAUCAACUCGUUCAUCCAUGUCUGCAUGUACGCGUACUACAUGUUGGCCGCUAUGGGCCCUAAGGUUCAAAAGUAUCUGUGGUGGAAGCGUUAUCUGACUGUGAUGCAGAUCGUCCAGUUCAUUAUCGUGUUCUUCCACACCGUGCAAGUGCAGUUCCAGCCAACCUGUGGCUAUCCGAAAUCAAUCGCCGCCCUGCUCACACUGAACGCCGGCCUGUUCAUCUACAUGUUCAGCUCGUUCUACGUGCACUCGUACAUCCGCAAAUCAAACUCGGCCUCAAAGCGUAUCGCAAAGACCGGCGAGGAGAACAACAACCAGUUGGAGUGCAAACCAAAGGACGCCGUCCAGGCGAACACGCGGUCGGCCGUCGAGGCGACGGGCGAGGUUAAGAAGGACCUGUAGGCUAGUUUAUGUACGUAACAAUAAUCUCUCUUCCUCUUGCGCGCGAGGGUUGCCCGCUUGCACUGUUCGAAGGCGUAACGUAAAGCUCAUGACGAUGAGGAGCAUUCGGGAAGGCAAAAAAGCUGUAGGGAUCCAAAGAAUGAUGGAGGACACGGUGAUGAGGGCUAUCGCAAAGUUAACUGAUACUGAUAUCCCGCCCCAGCCUAAUUCGGCAGGCUCCAGAAUGCUCACAGGAGUUUGCUUGAGUGUAGGGCCUAAAAAAAAACAACACAUCACCAACUCGGGAUAAACAGUAGUCGGAUGCAAAUAUCUUUAAGGAAGUUAAUCAGAGCACAAACACCGUCACACUUAAGCAAACACGAUCACUCCAUCACGGUCCAUGGCUUUCAUGAUCUCAAGAUCUUGAUGCGAACCCUUCAACGAGCGGGCGCCACAGAACAACCAUGUCCGAACCGUACUUCAGCAGCUUAAGCCUCCGAACAUGGGUUGCACUUCCAUUGCGUUUACAGUGUGUGCUUGGGUACUAGUAGUAGCGUUGGUCGUAUCGAAGCCUCCAUUCAAACCGAAGUUUAGUCCUUCUGGGAGCAGUGUAUUGUUUUUGUAUACUAUGUUUAGCUAAAACCGACGCGUGCGAUGUACAUUUUUUUGCUAGAUUAUUUAAUUUAAAAAUAAAACGGAAAUGAGAAACGGUA